AUGGGAUCCGCACCGUCCAAAGCCACCCAAGCCACCCCCGAAGGCCAGUCACACGACUCCGAGAAGGGUCUCCUCCAGUCCUUCUCCGACGUCCGCAUCUCAGCCCCGCUCUCCAAAGACGGCGCGCUCCAGCUCGGCCACGUCGAUCACUGGGAGGACGUGGUAGCGCAGUCGCCGAAGCUCCAGCUCUCGCGCUCGAUUCUGAACCACACCGACAUUCGUGAGACGCUCGUCAAGCGCGAGGCGCGCGUCGCGGACGCGCAUGUCUUCAACCUCGAACUUGACUUCAAAACGAAUCCGAUCACGAGCCAGAAGAGCUCCGGGCGCUGCUGGCUGUUCGCGACGACGAACGUGUUGCGGUACAAUGUGAUGAAGAAGCUGAACCUGGAGGAGUUCCAGCUGUCCCAGUCCUACCUGUUCUUCUGGGACAAACUGAACAAGGCCAACUACUACCUCGAGCUUUCGAUCGAGAACGCGGACUUGCCUGUGGAUGACCGCCUCGUGCAAUACCUUGCCAAGGAGCUCAUCAGUGAUGGCGGCCAGUGGGACAUGGCUGUCAACCUCCUCGAGACCUACGGCAUCGUCCCGCAACCCGUCUAUCCCGAGUCCCUCCACUCCUCCCUCUCCUCCCCCCUCAACACCAUCCUCAAGACAAAGCUCCGCGAGCACGCACUCAUCCUGCGCUCGCUCAAGGCCUCCCUCCGUUCCAAUUCCGCAAUCUCCGACGCCGCGCUUCUCGCAGCGCUCCGCGCGAAGAAGGAAGAACUUCUGAAGGAGGUGUACGUCGUGAUGAGUGCGACAUUGGGCGCGGUGCCGAAGCCGGACGAGGCGUUCACGUGGGACUACUACGAUAAGAGCGGGAAGGCCGGCUCGUGGACGGGGACUCCGAAGGAGUUCUACAAUGCGUUUGCAUAUGAUAAGUAUUCGCCGGCGGAGUCGUUCUCCCUCAUCCACGAUCCGCGGAAUGACUACGGCAAGCUCUACACGGUCGACAAGCUCGGGAACCUCUGGGGCGCCCGCCCGGUGCUCUACGUGAACACGCAGAUCGACAACCUCAAGCAGGCCGUCGUGCGCCAGCUCAAGGCCGGCCACCCCGUCUUCUUCGGCUGCGACGUCGGCCAGUUCUCGGACCGCCAGCUCGGGAUCAUGGACCAGGCGCUGUUCACGUACGAGGCCGCGUUCGACAUCUCCUUCGGGCUCUCGAAGGCCGACCGGCUGCGCACGCAGGAGUCGUCGAUGACGCAUGCGAUGGUCAUUUCCGGGGUGCACUUGGACAAGGAGGGAAACCCGGUGCGGUACAAGGUCGAGAACUCGUGGGGGCCGGACGUGGGCGACAAGGGGUACUUCGUGAUGAGCGACCGGUGGUUUGAGCAAUGGGUGUACCAGGUAGUUAUCCCGAAGCAGCUCGCGCCGAAGGAUCUGGUGAAGGUGUUUGAGGGUGAGGAGAGGGUUGUGCUCCCUGCGUGGGACCCUAUGGGCUCGUUGGCGUAA